UCAGGAUUACAGCAAAGAGAGGGGCGAGAAUUGACUACACUAACGUCCCGACCGUCGCAAUGACUGCACUAACCGCGCUGUUAUUGUCAGUAGUUUUUAUAAGUUCCUCAAUAACUUUGAUACAAUGUUCGUCUUCGAGAAACGACGAGAAUCACACAAUCAAACUCCACGACGCUGUCGACCUGAAGAUACCUAAAAAUAGCACGGAAAAAAUUAUUUCUCUUGAAAUAAACAUGAAUAAAAAUGAAGAGACAGGUCGAGGCAAUAACAAGAAAUUGAUGCAGAGGAUUCUGCCGAUGUUUAUAUUACCAUUUGUCAUGCAGUCAGCAAUCGUCCCUCUGUUCCUGGGUCUUCUGAAAUUCAUGUUAUUUAAAUCACUGAUGAUUGGAAAAUUGGCUUUAGUACUCAUCAUUAUAAAUGCAUUCAAAAAUAGCAAUUCAUUUAAAGGCAGACAGGACGAAGCCAUAGCCAACAUUCAUUACGGUUUCCAUGGAAACGGAAACGAGGAAUACGGUUCAUAUUUCAAUCGUUAAUACGUCAUGUCUUUAUUUUACCUAAUAAUAAUAAACAAUAAAGUUCAUUUUAGUUCAUGAACCAAAGAUUGUUCAUCUAAACAGAGUAUAACUUCCAAGGAAAUGACAAUAAAUAGAUCAAGAGAUCUAUUGCUUUGCAACUAAAUAAUGCAACUAGCUAGAUUAUAAUGAAAAUAUUUUUCCAUUGCUUUAUUUAUUUAAUUUAAAAUAUGUUUUGUAGGUUGUUGGAUUGUUCAUAGAAGCUUUAUAUAGUAAAUUAUUAAGAACGCUUGUUUCUUUAAUCAUAAUGUUAUAUUAAUGUAAAUAUCUUGUUAAUUAAAUAUUUAAUUUUAAUAUAAGA